CCAUACUAGUUUUCAUAUCGGGCAUUUGUUUGGUUAUAUUAUGAAAUUCGAAUGUUAAAAAGUUAAUGAUGAAAUGUGAUAGGUAGCUCAAGGAUAAAGUAAAGCAUCUAGGACAGCGGGAGCAACACGAGAGUUUUGCAGGCAAGAUGUGGCAUGAAGCGAGAAAGUUUGAGCGGAAGCUGAAGGGGAUCAUGAUCGACCAUCGGCGGCGGGCGGAACGGCGGCGCGAAUACUACGACAAAAUAAAGGCAGAUCCAGCACAGUUCCUGCAGAUUCAUGGGAGGCGAUCCAAGAUUCACCUCGAUCCGGCCAUCGCCCAGGCAGCCGAAAAUCCCUCCACCAUGAUGCCGUGGCAGGGAGAUACCAGCAACAUGAUUGACAGGUUUGACGUGCGUGCCCACCUCGACCUCAUCAUGGAGCACAAGUCAACAGAGUCCUCUGCUGAGGAGGUUUCGGAGGACGAGCAGGGGGAAAACAGCUGGUUGAACUAUGAACGAUACAGGUGCCUGGUACAGAAUGAUUGUGCAGGAUUUACUGAGGAGCAAUUUCUACACCAGAUCCAUCUAGACGAGCAAUUUGGAGCCAUCGAUAAGACGAAAGAUGACGAGAAGAAAAAGUUAGCCAAGGACAAGGCUGCGAUUGCGUACACGUAUGAGGACAGCACUCCAGUGGACACGAAGGAGGAGGUGGAAGAGGAAGACAAGGACGACGAUAGCGAUAUGGACCUCGAUUUGACGCUCGCCGUAGAAGAGUUGAACGAUGAACAGGAGCAGAUUUUGAAUCGAGGGGCGAGUAACUAUGGCGUCGCAAUGGGCGAUUACAUCACCUUAACUGCGAAAAAGGAUAGGGAUGAGACAGAGGAGCUGCGAAGACAGAAAGCUGGCAGGAGAGGAGAAGGCAAUAUACGCAGGCAGAAAGCCCAGAAGAGAGCGGACGAGCUUUUAGAGAAAAGCCGAUUAGCAGCGAAGAAAACUAAGCCCACACCAACAGGUAAACCUUGCCACUAUAUCGACACACUCCAUAUGUCGCGGGAGAGGCGUAAGGCGUACUCCCUAGACUCGUUGGUCGAGUACGAGUACGGUUCCGGCAUAUUAGGAUAUGUACCAGGGAAGUCGAUGUCGCGCUCGCGUUCCCGCUCUCGCUCGCCGCUCAACGCCGGACAGAUCACGUUCAUCACGAGCUUCGGACACGACUCGGACGACGACAACGCGGGGGCCGCCACGUCGACGGCCCCACUCGUCGUCCAGGGCCCGACGCUGCCCGCUCACCUGAUGCCGCAGCCCGAGGCGGAGCCGUCACGUGACGCUAAGAAGGCUUCAGCUUCGUCCCAAACGAGGAAGAAGAUGCGGUACAGGAGUCGUAGCUGCUCACGAUCCCCAUCUACAAGUCCCUCCCAUAGAUACAGAAGGUCUACGCGGGAUAGUCAUCGGCGGCCGCGGCGAAGGCGAGGGUCCUCUCACUCUUCCCACUCGUCAUCUCGCUCUCGCUCCGCCGGUCGCUCGCGUUCUAGCUCUGCUGGAUCGAGCUCCUCCUCCUCAGUCAGCCGGGAACGUCUGCUACGCGAUCGAUUCCGCACGCCCUCGCCAGAGGUCGCCGGCGGGAGCGUCGCCACACCGACGACCCACAACCAUUCCAGUUCAAAGUCGCCGGCCCGCCGCAGUCCUUCAGGAUCAAGGUCAAAGUCGCCGGCUCGCCGAAGUCGCUUGGGGUCAAGGUCAAAGUCGCCGGCGGUCGUCGUCAAGCGCUACCGGCGACCUUCGACCCCCAGCAGCUCAUCGGGGGAGAGCUCAACGGCAGCGCGGGACGACGACGCGGGCGAGGCACCAGGUGGCGCCGCCGGCGGUGUGAAGAACGGAGGCAACGAGGGCGCUGAUAAGAAGUCGGGGUCCAAAGGUAAAGCAGCAACGGCAGGUUUUGCAGAUAACAAUAAGUCGAGUCUGACACCCGCAGAGAAGCUGAAGCGUAAGAUGCAGCUGGCUCUUCAGAAGACGCACAAAGCGGACAAGCGCACGGAGCAAGAGCGAAUGAAGAAGCAGCAGCAGGAGCAGAUGGACCGGGAGGAGGAGUUAAGAGAGAUGGCGAUCCGGCUACGAAAAAGGGAGCGGGAGAGGCGUCACCGAGAGUGCCACGAGGACAGCAGCGACUCGGAUGGCGGCGACGCACGCAGCCGCACGCCGCCCUCGAGCAGGGACGCGACCCCCGAACCCGUCGCCGCCCCCGCGCGCGAGCGAGACCGCCCCCUGGCGACGGCGCAGACCAGCGGCGGCAGCGGCGGAGAGAGGUCUCACGAGGCGAGGGUCGCGAGACCGCGAGACGACGACCGCGCGAAGGAGAGGCGGAGGGACGCGGGCCGGGAGCGGGAGCACGACCGGGAUAGGGAGCGGGAGCACGACCGGGAUAGGGAGCACGACCGGGAUAGGGAGCGGGAGCACGACCGGGAAAGAGACCGGGAUAGGGAGAAGGACCGGGAGCACGACCGGGAAAGAGACCGGGAGCAGCAGCGGGACAAGGACUGGGAGCGUUCCCGUGACUACGACGCUCCGGGCCGGGAGCGAAUCCGGGAUCGACCGCGAGCGCGCGACCACGACGCGUACCGGGAUAGCCGGGAAGGCCGCGGGAGAGACCGGGACUACGACCGCGGCGACUACGAGAGCGCGCGGCGGGAGCGGACGCGUGGCGACGUGCGGGAGAGGGAGAGGCCGGCGCACGGCAGCGAGGAGAGGGGCGGCCGAGAGAGGCAGCGCGCGGAGGAGAGGUCCCGGGAGCGGGAGAGAGACUCGAGUUACCUGCGCAUCCACAUGAUACAAGAAGCUAACUAG